UUCCGAGUUCUGAUAGAUAUCUAUCUUCAGAGGCCAUAGAGCUUUAAUUCUGACCCAGAAUGGAAGGAAGCUCUGCUCUCAGUUUCUCUUCUUCGAUGUUCCAUAACAACGUGGAUUUCUACAGUUUUUUUACCGCUUUUCCACGGUCCCGGACGAUUAGUUUCCAUCCCAAACCAAUUAAAACUUGUGGUUUAUGGGCAAAGAGACAGAUCUUUUUAUCGUCUCUUAGAGGUUCCCUUACUUCUCCUGCUUCCGCUGUUACAGAAGCUCUCGAAAAGGCUACAGUCUCUGUUUCUUCACCGAAAGAAACGUUUCCAAAGAUUGAUAAGAGUGGAAGGUUCUGUAGCCCGAGAGCUGCCAGAGAGCUUGCUCUGUUGAUACUUUAUGCUGCUUGUUUAGAAGGGUCUGACCCAGUUCGGCUGUUAGAAAAGAGACUGAAAGCGAGAAGAGAACCUGGUUAUGAGUUCAACAAGGCCUUGUUGUUGGAAUACAAUCACAUGAGCUUCAGUGGGCCCCCUCUCUCGACGGAGACGGAAGAAAUAGCAGAGGAGCACUUACGGAGGAAUGAAAAGGAAUCUGCAAUAGAAGCAGAAGUCCUCUCAGCUCCUCCAAAGUUGGUUUACAGCAAACUGAUAUUACGCUUCACAAAAAAGCUUUUGGUUGCAGUCACAGAGAGAUGGGAUAAGAAUGUCCUUGUUAUUGACUGUAUAGCUCCUCCAAAUUGGAAGAAGGAACCAGCUGCGAGAAUUUUGGAGCUGUGUAUUCUCCACUUGGCAAUGAGUGAAAUAAUUGUUCUGGGGACAAUACACCAAAUUGUCAUCAACGAGGCAAUUGAUCUUGCAAAACGGUUCUGCGAUGGGACUGCACCACGUAUUAUCAAUGGUUGCAUGAGGACUUUUGUGAAAGAACAUAUUGGAAUAAAAAGUUCCAAGCCCCCGGAAGGCAGAAGCUGAAAGUGGCAGUGGUGGAUGGAUCUAUACCCACAAAUUCCAAAGUUCUGAUUUAAGUACCAUAUCCACAACCUAAAUUGGCUUUAGAAUGUCAAUGGAGAUGAUGGAUUGCUCAGCUGGCAUGGUAGGAGUAACUGAUAGCUUGUGCCUUUUAUGACAUUAGAGUUCCUCAUAUCUUCCCAUGAAAAAAAAAAAAAAAAAAGAGGUAAAAUUGGACAUUCCAGUUCUUCUUGGGAAGCUGCAAUAUUUUCUUGACAUCAGGAUGUUAAAAGUAAAUGAAUACUUUCAGUAGGGUAAAAUGUAGAAAGACUGUUUAUACUAUUAUGUAUUGGCAAAAGCUUUCCUAGUCAACAGAGCAGGUGAGGGAAUCUGUGGUCAGGACUGAGGACACCUAGUUCUGCCACAAGGAAGAGCGAAUAGGCAAAUAGGACCAUUGAAUAUGUAGGAAAUGGUUUGGAUUGACCUUGUGAUAAGUUUUAGACUUGAAUUCAAUCAUUAAAUUCCCAUGUAUGUCCAUGCAUCCUUUUGGUAAUACUAUGUGCCUUCUGUUGGUAGUCAA